AUGUUAAGAUCAAGAUCAUUCAACACUACCACCAUAAGAUUAUUUAGUGGAUCCAUAAGGGUUUUCAAGUUCACUCCUGAACAAAUGCCAUCACCUCCAAAGUUACCAAAGGAUCAACAAGAAGAAUUCGAAAGAUUACAGAAAAUUGCAAACUCUCAAGCAGCUAUUGAUGACUAUAACAAUAAAAUGGCAGGAAAUGGUAUAAAUACCAGCGGUAACAACUAUGGAGAAACCAAAACUGAUAUCGGUGGGUUUUCAACCAGCUACUUAAAGACCAUUCCAGAGUUCGAAGGUGAUGUUAAUCCUAAAACAGGUGAAAAAGGCGGUCCAAAACAAGAUCCUUUGAAAUUUAAUGAUUGGUCAUUUAACGGAAGAGUAACUGAUUUCUAG